AUGAAGAGCCAUCCAGCAGAGGAGAUGCUGGAGAUCGGCACCUUCCAGCGCCGGAACCAAUCCUCUCCGUCUCCAGACUAUCACCAGUUCUCGCGACCGUUCCCCGCCAACCCGAGGCCCGUUUCUUUCCAGGCCUCCGACGACAACUCGUCGCCCGACUGGCCUCCCUCAGCCACGGCAAAGUCAGACUCCCAGACGCUGGUCGACAGCCCCCAAGAGUCCCGCGCCAGCUUCCGAUCAUGGAAAACGGGCCAGCAGACGCCCGUCGAUAUGAACGGCUCGACCAGGUUCCUGCCCUUUGCUGACUCGGGCCCGUCAACUCCCAUGAACCAAAGCAGCAUCAGUCUCGCCGGCCUCCUUCAAAAUGCCGCCUCGCAGCCUGGAAGCAAAUCUUGGGCAGAGAGUGACGAGUCCAUAGCCGUUCUGCAUAAGCGCGAUGACGCUGACAUCUGGCGUGGCUGGAAGCGGCACCUAUUUCGCUUCGUGCCCGUCCUCACCUUUCUCAACACCGGAAUCUACCUGGCCUACCUCGCCCUGCGCAUCCUGUGCGUCAUCUGGGCCCAGCGAGUAAACCACACCGUCUACGCAGCCGCCUGGGUCUUCAUCGGCGUCGAAAUCGCCGUCGCCGUCCCCUCCCUUAUGCACAACUCGUGGACCAUGUGGUCUAUGAAGAAGCGCACCCGCCAAAAGCUCAGGCUAAAGGGCUACGAUGUCCCGACCGUCGACGUCUUUGUCACAUGCUGCGGCGAGGACGACGAACUUGUCAUGGACACGGUCCGCGCCGCCUGUGACCUCGACUACCCCUAUGACCGAUUCAGGGUCGUGGUGCUCGAUGACGGGAAAUCGGCCAGCCUCGAGACCGCCAUCGCCCGGCUGGCCAUGAGCUAUCCCAACGUCUACUACAUGGCUCGCGAGAAGAUUCCCGGCAAGCCGCACCACUUCAAGGCCGGCAACCUUAACUACGGCCUCGAGCAGGUCAGCCUGCUACCUGGCGGAGCUGGCCAAUUCAUGGCCGCGCUGGAUGCCGACAUGAUUCCUGAACGCGACUGGCUCCGAGCCGUCCUCCCUCAUCUCUUGGCCGAUCCCAAGAUGGCGCUCGCUUGCCCGCCGCAACUGUUUUACAACACGCCACCUGCUGACCCACUCGCCCAAAGCCUCGACUUCUUCGUCCACGUGAUUGAGCCCAUCAAGGAUGCGCUCGGCGUCGCCUGGUGCACCGGCUCUGGCUACGUCGUGCGUCGUGAUGCGCUCGACGACAUUGGCAACUUUCCCCUGGGCUCCCUGGCCGAGGAUGUCGCGACGUCGACGCUCAUGCUGGGCAAGGGCUGGAAGACGGCCUACGUCCACGAGCCUCUGCAGUUUGGCACUGUCCCUGAAGACUACGGCAGCCAUCUCAAGCAGCGAACGCGCUGGGCCAUCGGGACUGUCGACACGUCGUUCAAGCUCAACUUUUGCCUAUGGGGAGACAAAGUUCGCCAGAUGGGGUUUGCCCAGCGCUUCUCGGGCUGCCUCUACGCCACGCUCAGCUUGUAUACCAUUCUUCUCACGGUUUCGCUCUUUGCCAUUCCCAUCAUCCUCGUCAUGGGCAAGACGCUGGUUGCCUACGCCACCAACGACCAGCUCCGGUGGCUGAUUCGACUCUGUUUCGCGGCCACCAUUUCUAACCGUCUUUGCGAGUGGGUAUUGUCCGUUCCCGCUGGCUACCACACGGGGCAGAGGAGUGCCCGGUACCAGUUGUGGAUGUCGCCCUACAUUGCUCUCUGCAUCAUCCGCUCCUUCAUCCUCCCUCGCUGGCUCGGCGGCCAGGUCCAGGCCUUCAAGCCAACCGGGUCUCUGGCCUCGGCGCUGAACGAGCGCGACCCCCUGAGGAAGAAGAACAUGAUCCGCCGGUUGUGGGCCAUUCUCAUCAACUACAUGGGCAUUUUCCACCUUGCCUUUGUCUACCUCACCCUGGUUGGCGUGGUCAUGACUUCUUUCCGCUGCUUCGUCGUCCAAAAGACGACCAAGGAAAUCCUGCUCUGUUUGGUGACGCACGCCUUUUGGCCGCCGCUGACCUUUUUGUUCAUCUGCAACUCUCUCUGGGUCCCCGUGGCCUACGCCAUCGACCCACCGAUGAUGCCGGAUCGAGAGCAGCUGCUGGAUCGUGACCCCAAGACAGCCGUCGCCCAUCCUACGGCGAAGAGCAAGAAGAUUGCGUUUGGCGGCCAGGCGGCUUGGUUCGAGCUCGAGCUUACCACAUCGACGCUGUACACAGCAUUCAUCUUCGUUCUCUCGUUCAUCUUCUGA